AUGGCGAACGGCGUUGCUCCAGAGUCUGUAAUUCCCAUCGAGGGUACUCUUCUGGCUCUCGCGAUGCUUGUGGCGUCUGGUCGGCUGGUUCCCCGCUUUCUGCAACGACAAUAUCCCACUGUCAGCGAUAGCCUUCUCAUAGCAUCUAUCCUAGAUGCCAUCGGGCUCUUCGUCACCGACUAUCUGACAUACAUAUGGGGAGGCAUGUCGGACGAUGUACCAGAGCCAUCGACAGCUCGUGUGAUUGCGCUUAAGAAGGUACAAUUCGCCGGAAAUGCAUUCUACGACACCGGUAUCUACUGGCCAAAGCUGGCCAUCCUCGCGCUGUACUUCAGACUCAUUCCGCCAACGAUGCCGUGGUUGCGAAAAGCACUCUAUGCGGUAACCUUGUUUACCGGUACUGCCAUGAUAUCGACGUUCUUUCUUGACACUUUCUGGUGCGGGCGCCAGGUCUCUCAGAAUUGGUCUCCUGAUGAAGGAGCAUGCAACACCUUCAGUUCAAAAGAAGUUUUUCGGAUCGAUUGGAGCCUCAAUGUCACAUCAGAUCUGUUCAUUUUUGCUUUGCCAUUUCCGCUUCUUCGCUCACUGCAGCUUCGCCGCCGCCAGAUCUGGGGCCUUGUUGCAACGUUCUCACUCGGUGCCGUUACCAUAGCCAUGAGUAUGGUCCGCUUUGCAACGAUAGAGGUCAUAUAUGCUUGGACCAACGUCUAUGUCCUUUCCAUGGCUGAGAUGGCUGUCGCGAUCAUGGUGGUUUCGUUACCGUCGAUGAGAUCCUUCCUGCGACGUGGCACCCUAUUUUCCUCCAACAAGAAGUCGCGUUCUUCCGAGUCUCGUACCUAUGGACACCAAACACCAGCAUCAGGUUCGCACAACUUCUUGCGACCUUCCAGAAGAGGCAAGCACAGCGUUCGUGUACACACCGAUGAAGACUCAGGCAGCGAAGUGGAGCUUAAUACCAUGGCAAGGAAGGAUGUGAUCUACGAGACUCAUCGCAUGGCACACUACAUUGACGGAAAAGACUGCAUGAUCUCGGAAUGGAUCCUCCUGAUUUUCGCAUACCUAUUUGUUGCUGCGCGCAUGUACACGCGUUUGUUUCGUCUCCAUUCGAAGUUGGACGCGUCGGACUACCUAUUGAUUGCAUCUGCGCUGGUUGCUUUGGGACUGAUCAUCUGCGAUACGCUCACAUACAAGAUGGGCGUUUUGGACAAUUAUGAGACGUCAGAGAAGCUUUCAAAGAUCUCUUUCGCCUCGAAUUACUUCUACGAUGUCGGUAUGGGUUUCCCGAAACUCAGCAUGCUAGCCUUCUACUGGGCGUUCUUCAACCUGUCCGGUCACCCGGGACUGCGCAAGAUGCUCUUUGGUAUCACGGCCUUUGUCAUCGCGAGUUACCUCACUAUCCUCUUCGACGACACCUUCUUCUGCGGCACACCUGUAUCUGUGCAAUGGUCUCAAGAAGAAGGCGCAUGUUCUGUCUUCUAUGCGCCAGAGCCGUUCAUUCUGAACUUCACUUUGAACCUGGCUUGCUAUCUUGUGGUUUACGCUGUUCCUGUGGUGCUUUUGGCGAAGGGUAUACUCAGGUCGUCGACCGGUGUGGGCCUUACUUUCGCGUUGGGAGCGCUUACUAUUGCCUCUGGUAUCGUGCGCUUCGUCUGCCUCAAGGUUGGGACAGGACAGGAAAACCUUGUUUAUCCUUUGAGUAUGGUAGAGAUGACUCUCUCAAUCAUCGUCGUUGCGCUCCCGGGACUGAAGCCGCUUGUCAGACAAACAAAAGUAUAG